GUUUUUGCCCAGACUUUACCUGUUAGUUGUCUGGAUGUAUUUUGAGUUUUGUCCUGCCACCUGUUCUAAAAGUAAAGACUUUUCUGACUCACUCCAAGCCUGUGUCUGUCUCUGCACCUGAGCCUAUCACCCCAACAGACCCUGACAGCAAGACUCAGCAAUGGAACCUGGCUCAGCAGAGACAACUAACCCCCAGUCUCCGCCGGCACCGUCGGAGGAGUAACUCUACGCUGCAGUUCUAAGCCAUGAUGCUACAGUGCGUCGUCACGAGGCUCUCUUGUUCCACCAGCAGGGGGUUCUGCAGAACCUCCAACAGUCCCUUGUGGAUCUACUUGCUCGUCUGCCGGACGCAAGGACACAGGGUCUACCAUCACCUCCAUCUACUCCACUGACUCCAGCAGUUCAGCAGUCCAGCUCCACGGGUGCCCGAGGUCCAUUUCCGUCUGAACCACGGCUCCCUGCUCCCGAGAGGUAUGAGGGUAACCACAAGGACUGCCGGGCUUUCCUAGCCCAAUGCUCUCUCACCUUUGAGCUUCAACCUUCCUACUUCCCUUCAGAGCGCUCUCAUAUCGCCUACAUCAUCACUCUCCUGACUGGAAAGGCCCGGUCAUGGGCUACAGCCGUCUGGGAACAGCAGGGCCCUUCCUGUAAUGACUACAGGGCCUUUACCGAUGAGAUGCGCCGGGUUUUCGACCAUCCAGUAGGAGGUAAAGACGCUGGUAAUAGACUGAUCCAGCUGCGUCAAGGCGGCUCUAGUGUGGCAGAGUAUGCUGUGCUCUUCUGAACCCUGGCUCCUGUGAGUGGGUGGAAUGAGGGGGCCCUGAUGACAGCGUUCCGGCAUGGCUUCUGUGGCGGAAUCAAGGAUGAGCUGGCAGCUAAAGAUCUGGUGUCAGAUCUGGAGUCCCUAAUUGACCAGACUAUCCGUCUCGAUAACCGUCUAUGGGAGAGGCGUCGCGAACGACAAAUGGACAGUCGCCCCAGUUCCGGAGUCACAGCUUCAACCUCCGCUCCGCUUCAGUGGCCUCGGGAACCUCAGAGUAACCCACCUUGUCCUGAGGAGCCGAUGCAGCUUGGCGGUACUCGCCUGUCCCAGGCAGAACGGAACCGGAGGAUGAGGGAGAGACGCUGCCUCUAUUGUGGAGGCCCUAACCACUUUCGUUCCUCAUGUCCCAAGCUUGCGGGAAAAGCCCAGCCCCGUCCAGGAGAGGGAGAACUGUGACGGGUGUGACUCUUACUCCCUUAGCCUCGACUUCGUGCCUGCAGCUCCCGGUCACCAUCUCCUGGGAGAACCAACAUCAUCCUCUUCAGGCCCUCAUUGACUCUGGCGCUGCAGGGAAUUUCUUGGAUCUCACCCUUGCCAGGGUCCUUCACCUGCCCAUCUCCAGGCUGGACCAUCCACUAUCAGUGACUGCCUUGGAUGGUAGGCCCUUGGGACAAGGUCUCAGUCCCUUCGAGUGCCAGUUUGGUUUUCAGCCUCCACUCUUCCCUGACCAAGAGACUGAUGUGGGUGUUCCCUCGGCCCAGAGCUUUGUCCGACGGUGCAGGCCGGUCUGGCGCAAGGCCCGGUCUACCCUGCAGUGGUCCGCACGCCAGUACCAGCGCCAUGCCAACCGCCGCCGCAGACCUACACCACCGCUACGUCCGGGGCAGAGGGUCUAUCUGUCGACACGGGAUCUUCCUCUACGGGUGGAGUCCCGCAAGCUGGCGCCACGGUUCGUGGGGCCCUUCAAGAUCUUGAGGAGGAUCAACCCAGUGGCUUACCGUCUCCAACUUCCUCGGUCCAUGCGGGUCAAUCCCACCUUCCACGUCUCUCGCCUACGCCCUGUCGCCACAAGUCCUUUGGUCCCUCCAGCUAAACCCCCUCUGCCCCCCAGAAUCGUUGAUGGUGGCCCUGCUUAUUCAAUCCACCGCCUAAUGGAUUCUCGCCGGGUGGGGAGGGGCCUUCAAUACCUGGUGGACUGGGAGGGCUAUGGUCCUGAGGAGCGGUCCUGGGUCCCGUCUCGGCAUGUUCUCGAUCCGGGCCUCAUCGAGGCCUUCCACCAGAGCCACCCUGAUCGCCCGUGUGGGAACGUCAGGAGACGUUCAUAGGAAGGGGGGUCCUGUCAGGGUUUUUGGACUGCAGUUCCUCUUUGGACCAUGUGGGGUUGCCACUGUUCAUUUCUGUGUGUCAUGUGCUUGUCUUUA